CCUCUCAGCUCUCGCUCCAUUUCCGCGCUUACAAAAGCAGGCGCUCCCGUGUGCCCGCCAUCAGACGCUGUCAGACAAGAGCCGACUCUCUCAUGAAUUCUUUCACUGCUCUCUCCCCUCUUGGAGUAUCGGACAACUUUCGGGUUUCGCGGGCUGAAUGAUCUUUGAGGUUUUGCCUUCCUCAUUUCUGUUUACUUGAUUGGCAGUUCUAGCAAAUUUCCAGGAACUAUUCGAAGGAGAUGUCAGUGAUGCAUGUGGGUAGGAUGGAAGGAAACUUAUAAAUGCUCUACUGAAGGAUGCAAUAAUUUUCUUUGUGUUCAAGGGCCUUGUUUGCUGUGUGUUUUCAUGUUUCAUACGGCGUAGCAGGCACCUUUGUCCUUUGGAUCGGAAUAAAUAUGGCACCGAAUCCUCGGGUUUUGAAGGCUUUUCGUGCAAUGAAGGAUAUUGGGAUCAGUGAAGACAAGACAAAACCCGUCUUAAAGAAACUUCUGAAAUUGUAUGAUAAGAACUGGGAACUUAUUGAAGAAGAGAACUAUAGAGUUCUUGCAGAUUCUAUAUUUGACGAGGAAGAUAGUAAGGCUAUAGAGGAAAAGAAAUGUCAGAAUUCUCAAGUGGAAGAUUUUGGGGAAGAGGUUCAGGCGCCUGAUGAGCCGGAACGCCCUCUGAAAAGGUUGCGCUUAAGAGGCCAAGAAACCCAGGUGGAUGGGAUGGCUUUAAAAAAGCCCAAAUUGGAAGAGGACGUGUUUCCUGAAACAUGUCCCAAACAGCAGAUGCAGUUAAGUGGGUCUAAGAGAUCUGAAACUGAUCCAAGUUCUUCUCGUCGUGUAGACAAAGGGAAGGAACCUGUAUCACCACAUGUGGUUGCAAGAGUGAAAAAAUCCAGCUUAGAGAGACCAUCUGCUGCUGUGCGUAUUAAGGAACCAGGGGCUGAAUCAGGUGCCAAAAAUUCCAGAGUGAGGGCAUCUGGGGCUCAAGCACUACUCAAGCCUAAAGAUGAGCCAUUUACAGAUGAUACAUUUACAAAUGAGAUGCCUAUUGCUGCGAUUCAUCCAGUUUCUUUGUGUUCAAGGGCCUUGUUUGCUGUGUGUUUUCAUGUUUCAUACGGCGUAGCAGGCACCUUUGUCCUUUGGAUCGGAAUAAAUAUGGCACCGAAUCCUCGGGUUUUGAAGGCUUUUCGUGCAAUGAAGGAUAUUGGGAUCAGUGAAGACAAGACAAAACCCGUCUUAAAGAAACUUCUGAAAUUGUAUGAUAAGAACUGGGAACUUAUUGAAGAAGAGAACUAUAGAGUUCUUGCAGAUUCUAUAUUUGACGAGGAAGAUAGUAAGGCUAUAGAGGAAAAGAAAUGUCAGAAUUCUCAAGUGGAAGAUUUUGGGGAAGAGGUUCAGGCGCCUGAUGAGCCGGAACGCCCUCUGAAAAGGUUGCGCUUAAGAGGCCAAGAAACCCAGGUGGAUGGGAUGGCUUUAAAAAAGCCCAAAUUGGAAGAGGACGUGUUUCCUGAAACAUGUCCCAAACAGCAGAUGCAGUUAAGUGGGUCUAAGAGAUCUGAAACUGAUCCAAGUUCUUCUCGUCGUGUAGACAAAGGGAAGGAACCUGUAUCACCACAUGUGGUUGCAAGAGUGAAAAAAUCCAGCUUAGAGAGACCAUCUGCUGCUGUGCGUAUUAAGGAACCAGGGGCUGAAUCAGGUGCCAAAAAUUCCAGAGUGAGGGCAUCUGGGGCUCAAGCACUACUCAAGCCUAAAGAUGAGCCAUUUACAGAUGAUACAUUUACAAAUGAGAUGCCUAUUGCUGCGAUUCAUCCAGAUUCUUCAAGAAAAGAAGUUUAUUCCAUUGCAAAUGAUUCAGUUAGGAAGCCGGAUGGCCAAGUUGCUCAAGCAUCACUUCCUUCAGAUGGAAGUAACAAAAGUGAUGGUACGGAGACCUCAUGUAAGAAGAUUACAGGCAGUGAGCUGGCAACUGUCACGGAAGAAGUACAUCCUAACUUAGAGAUUGCAUCGUCGCCCCUAGGAGAGGUAAAAAUUUCUUUGAGCUGCGNUGUUUCAUACGGCGUAGCAGGCACCUUUGUCCUUUGGAUCGGAAUAAAUAUGGCACCGAAUCCUCGGGUUUUGAAGGCUUUUCGUGCAAUGAAGGAUAUUGGGAUCAGUGAAGACAAGACAAAACCCGUCUUAAAGAAACUUCUGAAAUUGUAUGAUAAGAACUGGGAACUUAUUGAAGAAGAGAACUAUAGAGUUCUUGCAGAUUCUAUAUUUGACGAGGAAGAUAGUAAGGCUAUAGAGGAAAAGAAAUGUCAGAAUUCUCAAGUGGAAGAUUUUGGGGAAGAGGUUCAGGCGCCUGAUGAGCCGGAACGCCCUCUGAAAAGGUUGCGCUUAAGAGGCCAAGAAACCCAGGUGGAUGGGAUGGCUUUAAAAAAGCCCAAAUUGGAAGAGGACGUGUUUCCUGAAACAUGUCCCAAACAGCAGAUGCAGUUAAGUGGGUCUAAGAGAUCUGAAACUGAUCCAAGUUCUUCUCGUCGUGUAGACAAAGGGAAGGAACCUGUAUCACCACAUGUGGUUGCAAGAGUGAAAAAAUCCAGCUUAGAGAGACCAUCUGCUGCUGUGCGUAUUAAGGAACCAGGGGCUGAAUCAGGUGCCAAAAAUUCCAGAGUGAGGGCAUCUGGGGCUCAAGCACUACUCAAGCCUAAAGAUGAGCCAUUUACAGAUGAUACAUUUACAAAUGAGAUGCCUAUUGCUGCGAUUCAUCCAGAUUCUUCAAGAAAAGAAGUUUAUUCCAUUGCAAAUGAUUCAGUUAGGAAGCCGGAUGGCCAAGUUGCUCAAGCAUCACUUCCUUCAGAUGGAAGUAACAAAAGUGAUGGUACGGAGACCUCAUGUAAGAAGAUUACAGGCAGUGAGCUGGCAACUGUCACGGAAGAAGUACAUCCUAACUUAGAGAUUGCAUCGUCGCCCCUAGGAGAGGUAAAAAUUUCUUUGAGCUGCGACUCCGCUUUUGGACGACCAGAUUUCCAUAUGCCUAGUCGUGAUGCAGUUAUAAAAUAUAUGGAGGAAAAAUGUCUGCAGUCAUAUAAAAUCAUUGACCCCACGUUUUCUGUUAUGAAACUGUUGAGUGACAUGUGUGAGUGCUUCUUGGAAUUGGGAACUGAUUCUCCUGAUGAACAACAGGAAGGGUCAAUUAGUAGAAUUCCACUUCUAGAUGUAAUGAAGAAUUCAGAUCCAAUAUAUAAUCCAGGGGAUGUUGCCAAUGAAGGAGAUUUGAAUCAUCUACUCACUUCCGUGAAUGAACCAGUCAGUCCUGUCUCUGAUAGAGAAUUUGCAUCACAAGUUCCUAGUAUCUUAGAGUCUUCAAGUGUUUCCAAUGACCAGGCUAUCCAUGAUGCCUCUCAAAGCAGCAAAGAAAUGCCAAAUGGUCAUUCUGAAGAUGUAGCCAGGAAGGAGCNGCGUCUUAUUUUUACCCUCUUAGUUGUGCUUAUACUUGCUGCCUUUGUUUUUGUUAACGAUAGGUGGAAGAUUUUGGGGAAGAGGUUCAGGCGCCUGAUGAGCCGNAAUCUUGAGGCUGCAAAUCCGCACAAUUUGAUGGUUAUUUCACCGAGUCAACAGGCUACUGAUGACUUAAGCUUCUCUCAUGAUGUGGAUGAUAUAACCAAGGGAGAAGAAAGGGUUCAAAUUCCUUGGGUGAAUGAAAUUAAUAAAGAGCAUCCACCAUUCUUUCACUAUAUACCUCGCAGUCUAAUUUUCCAAAGCGCUUUUGUAAAUUUCUCUCUAUCUCUGAUUGGUAACGAUAAUUGUUGCGAGUCUUGCUUUGGAAAUUGCCUUACAUCUUCUGUCCCUUGUGCUUGUGCACGGGAAACUGGGGAUAACUAUGCAUACACGCCAGAAGGUCUGGUUAAGGAAGAUGUUUUGGAAGAGUGGAUCUCUCUUGCUCGUGACUCUCAAGGAAACCACCAGUUCUAUUGCAAGGAAUGUCCUCUUGAAAGAUCAAAGAAUGAUGAUUGCUUAGAACCGUGCAAAGGGCACCUAGAGAGGAAGCUUAUAAAAGAAUGUUGGAGUAAAUGUGGUUGCAGUAAGCAUUGUGGCAAUAGAGUGGUGCAGCGAGGAAUAACUCGGAAGCUGCAGGUAUUUUUUACUUCGGAAGGAAAAGGAUGGGGCCUUCGUACCCUUGAAGACCUACCUAAAGGCUCGUUUGUUUGUGAAUAUGCCGGAGAAAUAUUAACCAUCUCAGAAAUGUAUCAUAGAAAGGUGCAAAACACCAAAAAUGGGAAGCAUACUGACCCUGUAUUAUUAGAUGCCUUUUGGAAUAAAGAAGAGCCUUUCAAGGAGGAAAAAGCUCUCUGCUUGGAUGCCACAAACUUUGGAAAUGUUGCCAGAUUUAUCAACCACAGAUGCUUUGAUGCAAACUUGGUUGAUGCUGCAGUUGAGAUAGAGACUCCGGACCAUCAUAAUUAUCAUCUUGCCUUGUUCACUACAAGAAAAAUAGAUGCCAUGGAAGAGCUAACUUGGGAUUAUGGCAUCGAUUUUGAUGACCUUGAUCACCCUGUUAAGCCAUUUCUCUGUCAAUGUGGCAGCAAGUUCUGCAGAAACAUGAAACGAUCUUCUAGAUCUAAAUCAGCAUCAAGUAUGAGAUAAGUGGGAUUAUGGCGCCAGUUUCUGCCUUUUUAUGUCAUGGCCUUGCAAGCGGAAGUCAUUAGAAAAUAUUGAAACCACCACAAUGAAUUUGGUUCAGCUGACUAAUGUCCAAUCUAGUUUCCAAGACGAUCGUUCGGUUUGGGUAGUAAAGCUGAGGAUCGACUGCGGAUUCACAUUAUGCCUUUUUUGCUGUUACAUUAUAUGUAUUAUCACAAUGAUGUUCAUAGAUAUUUGAUAUCUGGCCAUGUUGUUUAGUGGUGUUGAAAGUUUUGAAGAUUGUAGUUGAUCUGAUCAGGAUCUGGUCGCUGUUUUUUUGGAAAGGGGAAUGAAAUUUUUGUUUCCUCU